ACAGAGAGAUGUUUAUCUAAGCUGAAAAAGAACUCAGAGAUCACCCUGUUCCAUCUUCCACCCAAAUCCAUAGCCCUUUUACAUAUGGAAUAAUGGCUGCUUGUAUUGUUAGAACAUCAAUACUCAUCUAACACAUCCAAUAUAUACUGAGAAAUGGGGGGAAUCCUCUGAAAAUAUGUUUUUCAACAGGGAAAAAACAUGAAGAAGAAAAAAAUUAAUACCAUUGUUUGUGAAUCUAAAGAACUCCUGAAUCCCUCUCCCAAAGUAACAAAUUGUUGCAAAUCACUGUGGGUGAAAUACAGUUUUCAGAAGGCAUACAUGACCAGACUUGCCAGCAACCAGCUAGUUUCAGCCAUGUCAAGGAACCCAGAUCACAAUUCGCCUUCUCAGCCCAAGGAAAACAGCAUUGGCCAGAACCAUCACCAGGAGGAAAUAAUCCGCAAGUUGGCCGUGCAGCUGAAAAACAUUGGAGACAGCAUUGAUCAUAGGCUGGUUCAAGAGGAUCUUCUCCGGGAAGGCAGAGAUGCACUGGCUCAUUUUGUCUUAGUUUUCUUUGGAGGAGGUCACCUGCUGCUGCGCUUUCUCUGGAACAACCAUUUGAUGUAA